AUGAACGCGCAGCUGGCGAUGGAGCAUCUGGGCGACCUCCACGGGGUGAGCCAUGAGCCGGGGCCCGCCGCCGCCGCCGCCGCCGACCUGAUGAGCAGCAGCCCCCAUCAGCGCUGCUCGCAGGCGCAUCGCGGCGGCGGCGGCGGCGGCGGCGACCCCCUGGCCGCCGCGGCACACUCGGUGCGCCCGAUGGGCAUGCCCUCCCUCCUGGACGGGGGCGGCUACCACCCGCACCACCCGCACCGGAGCGCGGCGGAGCACCCGCUGGCGGGGCCUCUGCACCCCGCCAUGAGCAUGGCCUGCGAGACGCCCCCCGGGAUAAGCAUGAGCAGAACCUACACCACCCUCACGCCCCUGCAGCCGCUGCCGCCGAUCUCCACCGUCUCGGACAAGUUUCCCCACCCCCCGUCCCACCACGCACCGCCCCAGCGGCUGGCCGGCAACGUGAGCGGCAGCUUCACCCUCGUGCGCGACGAACGGGCCUUGGCCGCCUCCGUGAACAAUCUGUACGCGCCAUACCACAAGGACGCGGCCGCGGCCGCCGGCCUCGGGCAGAGCCUCUCUCCGCUGCCCGGGCCCGGCCUGAGCGGGCUGCACAACUCCCAGCACGGGCUCCCGCACUACGCGCCCCACCCCGGGGCCGCCAUGCCCGCGGAGAAGAUGCUGGCGCCCGGCGGCUUCGAAGCCCACCACCCGGCCAUGCUGGGCCGGCACGGCGACCCGCACCACCUCCCCGCCGCCUCCGCCGGCGUGGUGCCUCUGCACGGGAUCCCGCACGCCCACGCGCACCUGGGCGCCCAAGGCCACGGGCAGCUGCUGGGCUCCUCUCGCGACCCCAACCCGGCCGCCGGGGCCCCGCAGGUGAACGGCGGGAGCAACGCCGCGCAGCUGGAAGAAAUCAACACCAAGGAGGUGGCGCAGCGCAUCACCACCGAGCUGAAGCGCUACAGCAUCCCGCAGGCCAUCUUCGCCCAGAGGGUCCUGUGCCGCUCCCAGGGGACACUUUCCGACCUGCUCAGAAACCCCAAGCCCUGGAGCAAGCUCAAGUCCGGGCGGGAGACGUUCCGGAGGAUGUGGAAGUGGCUGCAGGAGCCCGAGUUCCAGCGCAUGUCCGCGCUCAGACUGGCAGCCUGUAAACGGAAAGAGCAAGAACAUGGGAAAGAUCGAGGAAGCACCCCCAAAAAGCCCCGGCUGGUCUUCACAGAUGUCCAGCGUCGCACUCUUCACGCAAUAUUCAAGGAAAAUAAGCGCCCUUCCAAGGAGUUGCAGAUCACCAUUUCGCAGCAGCUUGGUCUGGAGCUGAGCACAGUAAGCAACUUUUUCAUGAAUGCCCGGAGGAGGAGCCUGGAUAAAUGGCAAGAGGAAGGCAGCUCCAGUUCUUCAUCAGGCAGUUGUACCAAAGCAUAA